AUGAACAGCCCUGCAAUAACUAAAAUUGAAGAAGGAGGGAUAUUGGACUACACGCUAGUAGCGGAUGCUGCCUAUGGUUUGAGGCCCUACAUCUACACACCGUAUCGUGCCCUUCCCGGUCGCGCACUUCCCGACGAGCAGCGAGUCUGGAACCUCCAGCAGUCCCGCACUCGAAUGAUCGUGGAGCAGGUGAACGGGAGGCUGAAAACCAAAUGGCGCAUCCUGGACGGGCGCCUCGAGUGCGACGUCUUCCGCGCCCCGCAGGUCGUCUCCGCCUGCAUCGUGCUUCACAACAUCGACCUCAUCCUCGGCUUUCGUCACCGCCUGAACGAACCUUGUGAGCGCAACACUUGGUGGCUGGAAGGACCCGUUGCGGAAGCCCCGCAUUUCUCGCCGCGCGAUGCGGGCUUUACUCCGACUCGUCGUCGAUCUCGCCUGGCGGCGUACUUCUACGCUUCCUGGAGGCUCGGGCAUCCUGAGCUCUCUCAACCAUCUCUUGGGUACGUCGAUAACUUCAAGGCGCCAGGAAGCGGCCGGAUCAACGGCAGCACGCCGACGCCGCUGAGGGGGGCGGAUAGUGAAGAUAGUGAGGAGGGUGAGAGUGAGGAAAGAGAGAGUGAGGAGGGGGGAAAGAGGAGGGCUGCAGAUAAGAAGCGGCGAAGCGAAGGGUUUGAUUAUGACGAUGGGGUGGAGCAUGGUAGUGGCGGGGAGGGGAGUAAGAAGGCGAGGAAAGGGGGAAGCAGGGAAGGAUUUGAUUAUGACGAUGGGGUGGCGCAUAAAGGCGGUGAGGAGGAUGAUGAUGGUCGAGAGGAGAGGAGACGAGAGGAGGGGAGUAACGAGGAGGGGAGUAACGAGGAGGGGAGUAACGAGGAGGGGAGUAACAAGGAGGGGAGUAACGAUGAGGGGAGUAACGAGGAGGGGAGUAACGAGGAGGGGAGUAACAAGGAGGGGAGUAAGGAGGAGAGGAAAGGGGGAAGCAGGGAGGGGUUUGAUUAUGACGAUGGGGUGGGGGAUGGGAGUGGUGAUGGGAAGGGGAGUAAGAGGAAUGGUGAUGACGAUGAUGGUGAUGGUGAUAGUGGUGAGCUGGAGGAGAGAACGAAAGUAGAGGGUCAGAAGAGGAUGAAGAGGAGUGCAGUGCGGUACGAUGAGGAGGAGGAGGGUGAGGAGGGGGGGGGAGAAGAAGGGGUGGAGAGUGGGGGAGGGAAAGCGAAAGGGAUGCUGAAGGGUGGUGAGAGUGACGUAGGUGCAAGGGAAGAGGAGGAGGGGGAGGAAGAGGAAAAGGGGAAGAGUUUGGAGUUGGCUCAAAAAGCACUUAAAACACAUAAGGGUGGUGAGAGUGAUGCUGGGGCAGAGGACGAGGAAGAGGAGGAGGGGGAGGAGGAAAGGACGAGGGAGGGUGUCAAGAAGGGGACUGGGAUUGGUGCUUCUGCAGAGGGAAACGAGGAGGAGGAAGGACAGGAAAAAUCACGGGAGCGGGAGGAGAAGGAGGAGGAGGAGGGGGAUCAGGAGGGGGAGAGGGAGGUGCCAGCAAAGGCACGGAAGCGGCAGGAGGAGGAGGAGGAGAGGGAGGAGGAAGGAGAGGCGCCGGCACUGGUGGAGGAAGGAGAGGCGCCGGCACUGGUGGAGGAAGGAGAGGCGCCGGCACUGGUGCCGGUAUAUGAAACCAUGCACGGCAGGGAGGUGGUAUGGCAGGUGCCACGUGGCGACCUGCCACUGGCAGGAGUGGUGUUCUUCGCGCACGGGUGCACGCACCGAGCCACGCACUUCUGGCCGCCCCACCGCGCCUGCCCCUCCUGCCUGGGCCUGCCUGAAGACAUGGCUCUCGUGCAGCAUGCUCUCAAGAGACGCAUGGCUGUUAUCGCAAUUUCCAGGUGUGCGUGCCAUUCCCUCAUGUCCUGGGCUGAUUGCUUCUGGCCCACCCCCCUCACACACACCGCCCCUGCCCGUCCUACCUGGGCCUGCCUGAAGACAUGGCUCUCGUGCAACAUGCACUCAAGAGACGCAUGGCUGUUAUCGCAAUCUCCAGGUUCUCACCUGCCGGACUACCUGGAAGGAACCGCCCCUCACGCUCCCUCACCUUCCUCCCUCGCCCUCCCUUCCGGCCUUCCCCCCCUCCCCCACCCUCAUCCCCCGGCCUUUCCACCUGUUGGGAUACCUCCUUUCCACCCAGUCACUCCCUUGACAUUCCCCCAGUCGUCCAGCCUUUCCACCUGCUGGGAUACGUCCUUCACACCAGAUCGUUCUCUUGACAUUCCCCCGGUCGUCCAGCAACACCAGCUGCCGCUCACUCUUCCCACCUUCCCCUCGCACCCUCCCUUCUCUCUCCCCUUCUUCCCCCACCCCCCAGCCUCUCCACCUGUUGGGAUACCUCCUUCCCACCCGAUCGCUCUCUGGACAUUCCCCCAGUCGUCCAGCCUUUCCACCUGUUGGGAUACGUCCUAUCCUCCUGCCAGCUCCCUGGACAUUCCCUCAGUCGUCCAGGUUCUCACCACCUGGCGCCAGCAGCAUCAAUUCAACACCCUCCCUCUCUUCGCCCUGGGGGCCUCUUCUGGGGGAUACUUCAUCUCGUUACUAGCACACUCCUUUGACCUGCAAGCCCUCGUUAUAAUCAUCUCCAGUGGGGUCAAAAAGGCGUUUGACUCGCCGUUGCCCUCCGGGCGGCAGUUCCCGCCGACCCUCUUUGUCCACAUGCCAAAAGACGAGCAGCGCGCCGAGGCGGUCGAACGGGCGGUCGAGAUUCUCCAAUCGAAAGGCUUCGAGGCUGGGCAGAUCCCGUGCCUGGAGAAGAGGCUCGGGCCGAGCUUCCUGUCGGACCGGAUACCGAACCUAACCCCGGCAGCUUCGGAGAGGAUUUUCCAGGCGUUGAAGCGGGGAGGAGUGGUGGGGGAGGAUGGGAUGAUGGUGAGGGAUGGAAGGCGGUCGGGAUGGAUUGCUGUGUUGCAGAAAGAGGGGGUGAUGGAGGAACUAGAACGGGGGACAGCAGCAGCAGUGGGAGUGGCAGCAGCAGCAGCAGCAGCAGGAGCAGCAGCAGCAGCAGGAGCAGGAGCAGGAGCAGCAGCAGCGGUGGUCGUGGCCGUAAAGGCGGGAGUGACGGCGAAGGUGAUAGUAACAGAAGAAGGCUGCGGGGUGCUGUUGGUGGUGGGCGAGGGGAGGAAGAUGAUGAGGAAGGUGCGGAUGAUAGGGGUGAGGGUGCACUUACCGGUAGGCCUGGUGUCCAAGCUACCAGCAGGAGUGGGCGGUGUGUGUAUAACUAGCUAG